UCGUAGCACAAUACAAAUUUGAAACGCUUUGCUGAUCUUGCAGUAUUAGAUCAUGUCUUUAUGUUUCCGCUUAAAGAAUAGGUACUGUUUGUAAAUGUGUUUAUUCGCGAAGAGAAAUGAGUGACAACAUAAAAGUUGUUGUCAAAGUUAGGCCGCUUAUUUCUCGCGAAAUAGAGGACAAGCUUUCGUUCCAAUGGAAAGUAAAAAACAAUACGCUGUAUCAGCUGGACUCCAACGGCAAAGAAUCUGGAGUACAAUAUACAUUUGAUAAAGUAUAUGAUGUCACGACCGAGACUGAAGACGUCUACAAAGAUGUUGCUCAGCCGAUUGUGGAGGCGGCUAUUGCUGGUUUCAAUGGGACUAUAUUUGCAUAUGGGCAGACUUCUUCAGGGAAAACCUACACUAUGUCUGGAACGGAGACUUCUCCAGGCAUCAUUCAGCUGGCUGUAAUGAAUUUAUUUCAUCAAAUCAAAUGCAUUCCAGACAGAGACUUCCUGGUUAGAGUUUCAUUCAUUGAAAUUUACAAUGAAACAUUAAAGGACCUGUUGAACUGUGAGAAUGACAAGGUUAAGAUCCGAGACACUGUGCACGGAAGCAUCAAGUUGGAAGCCACGGAAAAGUUCACAUCUUCUCCAGAGGAAGUCCUAGACAUUAUGAAAGAGGGCGAGAUGAACCGUCAAACUGGUGCCACAAAUAUGAAUGAACAAAGCAGCAGGUCCCAUUCAAUAUUCCAGAUAACAAUAGAAUCUCGAGAGCACACAGAAGAUGAGGAGACAGCUGGCUGUGUGAAUGUAUCACAGCUGAACCUCGUUGACCUGGCUGGGUCGGAGCGAGCUGGUCAGACUGGUGCCACCGGCAAGCGCUUUAAAGAGGGCACACACAUCAAUAAGUCACUGUCUGUGCUGGCUCUGGUCAUCAAGCAACUAUCUGAGGGCCCACAAAAUAAACACGUAAACUACCGAGACAGUAAGCUGACGCGCCUCCUGCAAAACUCGCUGGGCGGGAACGCAAAGACCAGUAUCAUAUGUGCCGUCACCCCCGCCGCCGUCGAAGAGACCAUUUCAACCUUGCAAUUCGCGAACAGAGCUAAAGCUGUCAAGAACACACCUGAAGUGAAUGCGGUGGCGACGGACGCUACGAAAUUACAGGACUUGACCAAGCAACUAUGCAAGUUGCAGUCGGAAUUGGCCAUCAAAAAUAGCAUUGAACAAGACAACCGUAAGCUAAUGGACAAGAUCGAGAGCCUGCGCAAGAUGAUCCUGAACGGGUUCAGCGCGCGCAGCUUCGACGUCGGCGGCGCGCGCCGCAAGACGUGGAGCGCGCCGCGCCGCAUGACCAUCGCCGCCGCCGAGCUGCACCACUCGCCGCUCAAGCACGCCGUGCAGAGGUUCUGCACGCCCAGCCUCAAGUACAACCCUUUAUCCUUACCUACUCCACGAGAACCGGUCCAGCGACCGAGCCAGCUGCCCUCCGUGUCGGAAGAAAGAGUCAUGAUGACGCCGCCACCCAAGGAUAAGAAGGUGAACUUUAGCGACGAGAUCAUCGACCUUGAUAGCGAUGAAGACAACGCAUCUAACAGUUCACAUUGUUCACCAUACCACAAAUGCUUCACUGCCUCGAAAACUCCACCUUGUGUGUUAAGGAAGAAAGCAAAAACAGCGGAAAAGGAUCUUAAGGAUAUCGUAGAAUUAACUAAACGCGAAAAACUUUAUAAUCCAGAAGUGGUGGAAUAUAUGGAAAAAUUAGAACAAAGCACUAAGCAAAUAUCAAACUUAGAAGAUGAAAUCGAGUCGCUCAAUGCCUUAAAUAUAGCAAAGGACUCGGAAAUAGACAAAUUGAAGGACAAUAUAUCGCAGAUUAAAGUAGAAGUUGACACAUUCUCAUCCGCCAAGACGGAAUUAGAAACACGAUGUAAAGAGUACAAUACUAAGUUGACUGAUUUAGAAGUAAUUUACGAAACUCUGAAAACAAAAGCGAAAUUAAGAGAAGGUGAACUAUUAUCCCUAAUAAAUGAACAAAGUGGGAAAAGGAAAGUUAAAGAAAGCAGUAAGUCACUGUCUAGAACACUGGACAAAGACUUUGGUAACUUUAUGGACAUGUCCAAAGAUAUAUCUUUGGUAAGCGACAAUGACAGUAGUAUAGACUCGUCGAAUAACGAGCCUUCAGGUCAACUACAGCGGCUGGUGGAUGAAAUGCGAACGGAUGUCAACACCAAACAUGAAGUCAUCGUUAAUUUAGAAGCUGAUAUUUUACAACAAAAACUGAAAAUCGAAUCACUUGAGAGUACCUGUACGGAAUUACGUGACCAAAUUGAGAAAACAAAUAAUCGUUUAAAAUAUACUGAAGAGGAGAAUACUCUGCUAAAAUCAUCUAUAGAUACUUUAAAUUCGACUAUAAAAUCUCAGAAACAAAACUUAGAAUCUGCUAAUAGUGACAUACAAUCGUAUAAUAUUGUUAUCAAAGAUUUACAAGCUAAACUCGUGGACAAAAAAUCUGAUAAUGUUGAUUUCUGUUUAAAUGAUAUUUCUUUAGAGAGAAUGAUCGCCAACGAAGAGAAAUUCAUAGCCAAUAAUGAAAAUAUGCGUAAUAUUAUACAUUCUUUUAAGAUAAUGCUUGAAUCACGUAACAAAGAAAUUGAACAACUAAGAUCAAAUCAUACAUCUGAAACGUGUUCGUCUGAUACCGAACUAUUGACAAAAUUACUGGAAGAAAAGGAAAAAGAGAUUAUUUCGCUCAUUGAAGAAGCGCAUACGUCGAAAGAGCAAAUAGGAAAAAAUAUAAGUGUAAUAAACAAAUUGAUGGAAGAUAACAUGAACUUGGUCAAAAAUAGUGAUGAGCUCUCUGAUAAGUUAUUGAAUGCUGAAAAACAGUGUUGUGAAUUCGAGAGACGUAUUAAAGAUUUAGAGAAAGAAAAUGUUGAAUAUGUCCAUCAGUUACGCGACCUCAAUGACAAUCAUGACAGGUUAGUGAAUGCUUCAGCUGGUACUGAAUUACUAAAUAAACAACUGGAAGAAAAAGAGGAAGAGGUUAAAAGACUCACUGAGGAAACAAAUAAUUCAAAAAAACAAAUACAGGAAAACAUAAAUGUUAUAAACAAAUUAUUAGAAGAAAAUAAGAACUUGGGAAAAAACACCGAUGACCUAUCUGAUAAAUUGCUGUCUGCAUCGUCCGAUACGGAUUUACUUAAGAAACAAGUGGAAGAAAAAGAAAAAGAGAUUAUGAGACUAAUUGAGGCGUCACAGAAUACUAAGGAGCAAAUCCAGGAAAAUAUGAAUGUAAUAAAGAAGUUGAUGCAAGAUAACAUGGACCUAGUCCAGAAUGCAGAUGACCUCACCAAUAAAUUAUUAAAUUCAGAGAAACAAAGUUGUGAAUUAGAGAAACGUGUUACAGAAUUAGAGAAACAGAAUCAAGAAUAUACCAAUCAGUUACAAGAGUUUAGCGAAAACAAUGAGAAGUUGUUGAUUAACUUAAAUGAGUUUAAGAACAAAAUAAUUAUAUUAGAGAAAGAAAAAGAAGCGUAUCAAGAAGUUCAUCAUGAAGUACACAGUAAAGACAAUCUUAUAGAUGAAUUGAAAAGCGAAAUUUUAACCAAAGAGGAUCUUAUAAGUUCUCUUAGUAGCCAACAAUCAGAAUAUAAAGAUUAUAUAAGCAAAUGGAAAUCCUCUGUAAACAAAGUGCAGCUACUUUUGUUGAAACAUAUAGCAGACACGAAUGAACUUGAAUUGUUGCCUGACAAUACGUCAAAUAUUGACGAGCUUUGCAGCCAGAUUAACUCAAUCGAAAAUGCAGCAAACACGAUCAUAAUUCAAAAAGAAACAACGGCGAACAACUGCAAUAAAUUACAAGUAGAAAUUGAGGAACUCCAGACACAAGUAAAAUCUUUAGUUAGUGAUAAUAACAACCUUACAGAUGAAAGGGACAAACAAAGGUAUUUAGUGUCGGAGCUAACUACCGAACUCGAAUAUGUUAAAAAGGAAUUAUUUGAACUUAACAAACAAAAUCUUGAUCUUAAUGAAAAACUACAAAUAGCGAAAGAAAGUUAUGAAAUUUUGAACCGUGGUAUUAUGGAAAAAGAACAGUUAAUAACAUUGAUCAAAAACGAAGAAAACAGUUUGCGUUUACAGUUAGAAAAAGCCUUAACAGUAGAUGUGAUGUCCAGAAAGGAAGACGAAAAUCUUCAUUCUACAGUUCAAAAUAGUCAAACUGAUUUCGAUACUAUUUUACAGACUGAGAAAGACGAAAUCAAAAACUUAAAACGAGAAUUUGCAGAGAAAGAAAAGCUAUUAGAUGAAAAGGGUUUAGAACUUCAGCAGCUUUCCAAAAAACAUGAAGAAACUAUUGGUAAUCAAAAUUGUCUUUUAGAAAACAUACAUAAGGCCGCUGCUAGUUUGUUAAACAAUAUAGACGACCAAAAUGAAGAAUAUUAUAUCGAAAAUAGUAGUCAUAGCAAUGUAUACAAUAAAAUUAUUUAUAUUUUAGACCGAGCUAAAAAUUAUGUGAUAAUGUCAAAAUCUAACGACGACAUCAAGGAGAUCGUUGAAUUACUUGAGGUCAUGAAAGAACAAAAUCAACAACUAAUAAGUAAACUAUCCUAUACCGAAAACGAAAAUAGCCGUUUAAUUACUGAUUUAGAACAAAUGAAAAUUAAUAACGAUAAAAUAAGCAUGGAUUUAUUUAAAAGUGAUGAACUACUAAAACGAUUGCAAACAGAAUUACGUGAAAAGCUCUAUAUGAUAGAAAAUUUGGAAUCUAAAGUUGAAGAAUGGAAAAAUAAUUUCUCCGUAUUAGAAGACGCCAUGAAGCAACAACUGUUGGAAUUACAGAUCAGUCGUAGUGAUCUUGAGUCACAAUCGCAAAGCUCAGUGAAAAGAUCACUAUCGAUAAAAAGUAUAGAGCAAUUUACCGUCGGACCAGAAUUUAGUGAUCUCGACAGUAGUCAAAAACAGUCAAUUCGACGAUCUCUAACUAAUCUACUAGUUGAACCAGGGAACUACUCACCACAAAGCUUGUUGACUUUGUGUUGUAACAGAAUCAUAGACGCUAUCCAACCAAGUGAAUCGGAACUGAACUCAGGUUCAACUUCUACCGACAAUUUCAGAACCACAAGUGCUGAAACACAGACAGAUGUAUGCGACUGUGACAGAUUGUUAGCGGAAAAAUGCAUUGCCAUUGACGAAAACUUGGAACUGAAGGCUCAAAUAGACUAUCUUGAGGAUAUUAAUAUUAACUUAUUAAAAGAAGAAGAAGAAGUUCGCAAAGAGCUUAAGUUCCUAUUGGAGCCUGCACUUGAAUUGCAAAAGAAAAUUUCUAGUCAUAGAACAAAUUUGUCAACCUUAACUGCUACAACAUAUGCUGAAAACAAACUACUUAAGUCUCAGGUUAAAGUUUUGCAACACCACAACAACCGUAUGUAUAAUGUGUGCCAAAGAGAAAUUCCUGGUUUUAAAAAAUCUUUACAGGAGCUAAGCUUAAUUUUGAAACAUACGCCUUUAGUGAAUAGGCUGGAAGCUAAUAUAAAAAGAUUCUCUCUGCCUGAACUACUAGAUAGAAAUAGUUCAACUUUCAAAGAUGAAUCUACUUUAGACGGAGAUCUUUUGAUGCUUGACACUAACGUGACAUUGGCAUCCGUUGACAAUACUUUAUUGGCCCAGGACCAGACCUGUCUUGACGGCACACAAAUAUAUUUAGAUACCGAAAUUAAUACAGAUGUAAUUGAAACUAUAGACCCUAAUAUAUUACACACACAAUUACAAAUGCUUUCGGCUGAAAAUGAAAAAAUUACAGAAAAGUUAACCGUAAUAAAAGCAGAAAAUUUAUCUCUGCAUGAAAUAAUUGAAAAACUUUCAAAGACUUCAAAACCUGAUAUUCUUAAAGUAGAUGCUCAGAACAGUCCAAUGAAACUUUGUAGUGCUAUGAAUGAUGUUUCACAAGAGACAAUUGUCAAUAAUGGUUUAACCAAUAAUUUGUGUGAGUAUUGUAAAAAUGGCUAUAUUAACCACAGCUACGAAAAGAUGACCGAAGAUAUAGACAAAUUGACGCAAGAAUUGCUUGAAGUUAAGCUACAAAAAUCAGAUUUAGAAAAAAGGUAUAACAACCUUAACGAGGACUUAUUAGCCAAUGAUCGAUUAGCUUUAAAAAUCAGCGCAUUGGAAAAGGACAAUAAUAAGCAUUUAAUCUUGAUAGAUCAGUUGACGAAAAAACUUACCUUUAAACAUGAAGAGUAUGUUAAGCUGCAAGAGGAAAAUGAACUUCUUUCAGAACAAGUAAUGGAGAGUAUUGACGACUGUGAUAUUCUAAGAAAAGAAGUCGAGGCUUUGAAAGAGAAAAAUACAGCGCUAAGUACUAAGCGUGUCGAGCUAGGCAAUUUGAUUGAAAGUAACGCAGUGUCCUGUACACGGUGUGUUCAAAUUACCAGCGCUUCUAAUAGUCCAUCGGCACCAAAAUCGGCCCUAAAUAGGAGUCGCAGUGAUUCUGAGAGUUCUUCGCGUUGCAAUAAGUUAUCGACUCUUCAGAAUGAACUAAUGGCAGGAAGAGAAGAUUGUAGAACUAUUUCAGAGGAUGUAGCUACUAUUAAAAGCCAACUCGAACGUGGCGAAUUAUCCAUGACACAUGAUAUGGAUCUCGACGACAGUAUGGGAGAAUCUAACGUUUUCUCAUUUACCAAAGAAUUACACGUAGUUAGCCCAAAGCCCAAUAAAUUCAACGCAGCGUCUGACAUACCCGAGGAAGGGUCGGUUGACUUUUAUGCUCUGGAUAAAUUAGAUUGCUUUAAUUUUUACAUAGAAAAAACCGGUGCGGAAAAUCACUGUACUGAUGAAAUUAAAAUAAUCGAUAUAAUGAAAAUGUUUUAUGAUAACCUAGUUGCUAGACAUGGAAACGAAGUGGAAAACCUAGUCAACAAAUUAAAAGAUUUCGAAGAAUCUAAACAUCAAUUGAAUGAAAGCAUUAAUCAACUGACUUUUGAAUAUUCUAAAGUCAGUGAAGAAAUAAAAGAAAAAGACAAUCGCCUUGUUAGUAUUGCUCAUACGUUACAACAAAUAAGGGAUAAUCUACAUUCUUUGAAUGAAGAAAUGUCCGGUUGUGAUUCAGACAAAAAUACAGUAUUAGUUACACAGUUCAAAAGCAACAUUUUGAGUGUCAUGGAUAAAGACUUCGACAUAGCCAGUGUAAUUGUAUUUGAAAACCUUAUAGACAAAGUAGUGAACAAACAUAAAAAUGAUUUGUUAGACAUGAUGAAUCGUUACUCAGAGCUACAGGGACACAUGGAACUUCUGACUACUGAAUUUAGUAGUGUUACUGAUAAUCUUAAUCAGAUGAAAUGCCAGCUAAGUGAAAAGGAAAAAGAGUACAAUUUGCUCAAAGCACAGAAAGAGAAAGUGCAUGAAAUCACUAGUGCAGUCACUCGGGAUAUAGUUCAAAGAGAAAAGGACUUGGCUAAAUUAAUCAGCGCUGGCUGCCUAAAACUAAUUGAGCAUAACAUUUUGACACAAAGUGAUAUUGACCAAAAUUGGGCAGUAGAUAGAAAAUUAACAGUUUUAAUUGAAAAGCUUUUAGAUCAAUCGAACCAGACAGACUUAGCGCUGCAAGAAAAACAUAACCUUGCUCUAGAAGUUACAAAAUCUAAGACUAUAUUAGAAGACAACUGUCAAGAAAUAGAAGCUUUAAAGUCCCAAGUUGAACAAUUACACGAGUUAUGUAAAAACGCUACAAAUGAGUUAAUGAUCAAAAACAAUGAUCUAGAAACAUUAAAAUCAUUACAUGAGCAACUUAAUGAAGUUUACAAAAGAAAAGUUGAGGAAAAUGUCACCAAUACAAAGACUGUAGAAAUCUUAACUCAAGAAUUAGACAUCAUAAAGACCACAAUGAAAGAGAAAGACAGUUUACUACUGAGCUUGCAGCUCCAGAAUACUGAACAAAAUGGAAAUAAUUCUGAAACCGAAGCUAAAAUCGCAGAGCUUAUGGAAUCUAUAAAUAAUUUACAACAUGAAAACAAGAACCUAAAAUCCGUUAAUGACGUAAUUACAAAUGAAAGCGAACAAAAUGCUUUACAACUAGCUCAAGCUGAUGAUACCAUAAAAAGGAAUAAAACCGAACUAGAUAAAUUAACUGCUGAAAUACUAACUCUGAAUCAGUCUAUGAAAGAAAGCACGAGAGUAAUCGAGGAUUUGAAAAUGGAAGCAAAAUCGCUGGUGGAACAAAAUGCCGUCUUGAAAAAACAGUUUGAGGAAGCCACUGGCCUCUGCUCUCAAUUGAAAUUAAAUAUUAAAACCCACGAAAAGACUGCCGAGAUACAGUGCAAGAUAAUUAGCAGACUCAAAGAAGAAAAGGAAUCGAGGAGUUCUUCCACUAAUGUACAAGAUGAAGAGCUAAAGAAGUUGUCUGAGCAGUGUGAAACUCUGCGAAAAGAACUCGAGGCACUCACUGAAGACAAAAACAAGAGCCAGCAAGAAGCUCAACAAUUGAGAGAGGCGAAGGAAUCUUUAGAGCGACGAGUUAUCGAGUUGGAGUCGACGAAGGCACGCAGCUCGCUAAGCGGCACCGGAGACACGCGCCGCCGCCGCCAGAGCCUGCUCGACUCUAAGAGGGUCUUCGGAGAUGACAAAGAACCAGACCAUAAGAAGCUGGAAGCCUACUUCAGUUCGCAGGAGAAGCCCGACGACUUGUUUAUGGAUGUCGAUGAACACUCCAACCGAAGCACUCCUGCUAGAAAUAGGAGGUCUGACAGCUUCCAAUCUCGACACGACGAUAGUGAAGAGUUACCUCGGCCGUCCAGUGCACAGGAACGGCGCCGGCGACGCCAGAGCCUCCACGAUAAUAACCGCACCACUCACAUUGAAAUAGAACCCAUGACAACUCUGAAUGAGCUCAAGACCAACGGCAGUGACAACAGCGAAGUAGCAUCGCUGAGAGACCGCCUCGAGCUCUGCCAGCAGGAGUUGGAAGAGCUAAGAGAGAGGUACCGCGAGGUGGACGAAGAGUGCGAGACAUGCGCCGAGUACCUGCGAGAGAGGGACGAACAGUGCGUGCAGCUGAAGGCAAAGAAUAAUGACUUACAGCAACAAAUCGCCAAGCUGAACGACAAGCUCCAAAACGCGAGUAUCGUCCGCGGCCAAAAGGACGCACUGCGCACUUUCGCGAACGCUUCAGUCAACACCGAUGAAGACUGGGCGAACCUGCACUCGGUGGUAGUGGACCGAAUGUCGUUCGAUCGCGAAGUGGAGAAGAACAAAACACUGCAGCGGACCGUGGACGAGCUGCGCUUCAAGAACGGCGAGCUGAAGGCGGCCAUCGCCAAGAUGCACAAGUCUGUGGAGCGCGCCGCGGCCAACAAGGCCAACUUACAGGAACUACAAGCAACCAAGUUAGAAUUGGAGACAUGCAAACGCGAACUGGAAGAGUUCAAGGAGCGGUGCAGAGAGUUGGACGAGGAGUGCGAGACGUGCGGCGAGUACCUGCGCGAGCGAGACAGCCAGCUGUGUCGCCUCAGGGAGGAGAGGGACGCCCUCGAGGCCAAGCUAGAGGCGAUCGUGGAGAAAGAAGCCGGCAGCAAGGUACAGUCGGUGCGCAAGAAGCGGCAGAGCAUGCACGACCAGAACCGACACUCCGCCGUCUGCAGCCAAGACGCGGCUACCGGCACUGCAGCUGAUUUGUACCAGGAAAACGACAGCUUGAAACUAACCAAUGAAUCGUCACAAAACACUGAAAUUGUACAACUCAAAAUGGCGCUGGAGACGAUGUCGCGGCAGAAGCAGGUGCUGGAGCAGCAGCUGCGCGCGCCCGCGCCCGCCACCGUGCCGCCCGUGCUCGUCGCCACCGGCAGCGCCAUCGUGCAGAACCAACACCUAACUGAAGUAAUGAAAGAAAACCAGAAACUGAAGAAGAUGAACGCGAAGUUAAUAACCAUUUGCAAGAAGCGAGGCAAGCCCCUCGGCGAGUCCAACCGAGAGAAUGAUGACCCGGAACUGGCGUAGGCUGAGUCCAGACCGGCCUUAGGGCUCAUUGGGACGAUGUGCGAACUCGCAUGCGAUUUUAGAGACAUGUACUUCCAAUUUAGAUACAUUCAGUUCAAAUGCUGUGUUAUGAUGAAUUUCGCAUGCGAGAUCUCACACCGUGUAAAUCAACUCUGGUAUUUAUGGUGCUUAGUAUUAUAGGUAUGUAAACUAAAGAAAAGUUACUAUUUCACCAAUGUCUGCGUCAAAGGCGCAUAUACUCUUAGUGUGUACGGCGGGGUUUGAGACUUAGAAUCUCAGACUUGGUUAUUAUGUAUGUAUUCUGCCUGGAAGUAUAAAUAUGUAAAUGAAAAUUCAGAUUUUUGUUGCACAAUAUUUUCGAACAAUACGAAUCCCAAGCCUCGUCGUAUGUUAGUCACAAAUUAAAUUAUACUCGGUUGUGGCACUUUGCUACGCCUUUACUAACUAUUAAACAUUUUAUUAAACAUAAUUUUGAUAUGUCAAUAUUUUGCUUUUUAGUUCGAAAAGUUGUUUUUAACUAAAAUUAACACCACAAACGUGUUGAUAAUAUUAUUUGCAUGACCAAAUAUUUACAAUGAUUCUAAUAUUGAUUAUAAUAAUGUAUCAUUUUUGGGAAGCACAAUAUGAGGCUAUCCCGUCACACAACGGUCAUUAAAAAUAAAUUGAUUGGAAAUUGAAGACUGAAUGUUAAUUGACAUUCCAGAAGCAUUUAGCUAUGGACAGGCCGAUCUGUUAGCUUCGUUUGUGAUUACUUUGACUGAACGUCUAGAACGAGUUGGUGCCAUUGUAGGUAUUUUGUAGUGUUUAGUCCGUUUACCUGUGUUUAAAUGGUACAAUAAUUAGUAUUAUAUUAGUGUACUUAAUUUGAUGUGCCUAUAGAGAUUUAGAAUGCUCUGGAAGCAACACUGACGUUUUAUUGCAUGAACAUAGUUGUAUUUUCAUAUGAG